AUUGUCAGUCAAUUUCCUGGAGGUGGUCACACCCCUGGUUCUUAGUUUCUGGAUCUUGGUUGCUGCUGUCGCUAAAGUCCGAAUGUGCUGCCUCCGCAUCAAUGACACACCUUGAAAUCAUCAAGUAUUCAACUAUCGCAUCCAUGAUUGUCCUCUAAAUUACCAAAGAGUCUCUGAACGGAUAGUACUAAUGUAUUUGACCUUCCAGCCUUGCGUACUUGUUAACACUUGAUGUCCAAAGAAUAACCUAACAGAUCUACCUCCAGACAUUAAACCUGACCGUGCUUGAUAGACAGAUCAACCUUGCAUACUCUGCAACGAUGAGGAACACUGUUCUUUUACUCGCUGUCAUCGCUUUCUUAACAACAUUGUUGACCUCCUGCGAUGCAUUUAUAUCGGAGGAUCCUGGUCAGAAACACUGUGAUGAAUUGAACCUCACUGAGAUCACGUCUUACAAGAUCGCAUACAUUCAAUUUGAAGAGGUUUCGACCCUGUUCAUUGCUGUCUUGUGGAUAACCGUUGGAGCUCUGGCAAAAUUGUUCUUCCAUUUCUCACCUCUGCCCAAGUAUGUCCCCGAGAGUUGCCUCCUCAUCGCCAUCGGCUUCAUCAUCGGAGCCCUGUUCCUGGUCAACACGGCGUCCCCGUUCAACCCGGAGCUCCAGGCCCAUAUCUUCUUCCUCUACCUCCUACCUCCGAUCAUGAUGGAGGCCGGUUACUUCAUGCCCCAGGCUGCCUUCUGGAGCAACAUCGGGAGCAUCCUCAUGUUCGCCGUCAUCGGAACCCUCAUCAACGCCUUCACCAUCGGACUCUCCCUCUGGGGCAUCUCCGUCGGGGGACUCCUACAUGGCAAUACGACUAUCAAUUUCUUGGAGUGUAUGACCUUCAGCAGUUUGAUCUCUGCUGUGGAUCCGGUCGCUGUCCUGGCUGUGUUUGAAGAGAUCCAUGUCAAUCAGGUUCUACAUAUUCUCGUGUUUGGAGAAUCGCUUCUGAAUGAUGCUGUCACCGUGGUGCUCUAUCGUGUCUUUGAAUCUUUCAAUGAGAUCGGAGGAGAGCAUCUCAUGGCCCAGGAUUACAUAUUCGGCAUCAUCUCCUUCUUCGUGGUUGCGUUUGGUGGUAUCCUGAUCGGUGUCAUCAUGGGGUUCCUCACGGCGUUCAUCACCAAGUAUACCUACAAGGUCAGGGUCAUCGAGCCCAUCUUCGUCUUCGUCAUGGCCUACCUUUCCUACAUCAUUGCUGAGAUGCUAACCUUGUCCAGUAUCCUUGCGAUCGUCUCGUGUUCGAUGUUCAUGAAACCGUACGUGGAGCAAAACAUCUCCGCCAAGUCGCACACCACCAUCAAAUACUUCCUGAAGAUGUUGAGUAGCAUCAGCGAGACCAUCAUCUUCAUCUUCUUGGGGACUACAUCACUUAAUAAGGAGGCACACCAAUGGGACACUGCCUUUGUUCUUUUCACUCUUCUCUUCUGCUCUGUGUAUAGGGCAGUAGGUGUGCUCAUACAGGUUACGGUCCUGAAUCGCUUCCGACUUUUCAAAAUCAACCGACGUUCGCAGUUCAUCAUGAUGUAUGGAGGCAUCCGUGGUGCCAUUGCUUUCUCGUUGGUGGCGCUCUUGUGCUCAAAAGUCAUUGGAGCGAAGCCUAUUUUCUUCACCACAACGGUAGUGAUCAUCAUGUUCACUGUCUUCAUACAGGGUAUUACGAUCAAACCACUUGUAAACUUUCUUCAUAUCCAAAAAGCAGAGAAGCGCAAACCAACUAUGAAUGAAGAAAUCUAUGAGAGGUUUAAUAGUCAUCUAAUGGCAGGUGUGGAGGAUAUAGUUGGUCACCAUGGUCAUCAUUCCCUCAAAGAAAGGUGGGAAGAUGUCAACCGUAAAUUCUUUGAGAAAAUACUGGUGAGAGAGCAAAAAGAGAGCAGCAACUACCAAAUCCUUGACGUCUACAAACGACUGAAAGAGAAGGAGGCUCGGGAGUUGAUUGAAGAAAAUAAAUUCCAUCUAUCACCUUCAGCUGCGGAACUCCUACCGAGAAAUCAAAGUGAAAGCAGUUCUCUUCUAACACCAGAUGUAUCGGAUCCAGCAAUUGGACAGCCUAAAACUUCUCUAGGACAAGAGAAUGUAGAAAACGAACCACAGGAAGGAAUCCCAAGACGUAGGAAAUCAUCCUUUACAAAUCAACUAGAUGCCUUCAAGAAAAGUGCUUACAGACCCCGUAAAGCUCACACCGUACGUCAGUCCCGUUAUUUCUUGCCCGAUGAGGAGGAGGUAACAGACAAAGCACACCAACCCCUCGCAGAACGGAGCCUUCAAAUCCUGCAUCGUCACAAGACAAAGAAGAUACGAAUGAACAAAACUCAAAAGGGCAACGGUCGCAAGCGCUCCGGGUCCCACCUUCGUAACAUGUUCAAGAGCCGUAGUGGGAACAACUUAGAUAAGCAAAGUAAAGAUUCAUCCAGGAAAAGCUUAACAGCGCCUCCUCCCUCCAUAGUCAUCACCCCUCAUACGCCAAGUGCGGACAGUGAUCUGGGAAUUACCUUCAGCGCCAAAUUGGCAACGACUCCGAACGGCAAAGAUGAUGUUAUUGAAACUGGAACCGAUGCUGCUGCUGCUGCUGCUGAACCAGUCGAAGUUGAGGUCAUGAAGCCGUCGACCAGCGAUAGCGAUAGGAAGAGUUCACCGGAAGAUGUCCAAUUCUCCGUCGAGGAUGAAAAAUCAAAAGAUAAAGAGACUGCUUUUUAGCCUCGCAUCUCAUUCAAUCACCAGGGAAGCUUUUCAUGGUGUGCUUUGUAAUGACUCUCGCUUAUAAUCCAUUAUAAGCUACUGAAAUCCUUGCUCCUGAUUGGCUGAGAGCUAAUUUGUCACUGACAACCACCGAUAUGAUGCUUUGUGAAUAGUAGUCUCUUCUCGUUUGCCUUCCAUCGUCAACAUAUGAAAUAGUAGUGAUCAAACUAUUGUCUUUCAAACUUUUGUUAAGUCAUCAUCUUAAAAAUGGAGAGGUUAGAUUGAGAUCGAGAUUGUAUCUCAAUCAUUGGCAAAGAAUGUUUGUGGAAUUUAAACUUAACAUUUGUAAUGUACAUGUGUGUAUAGUUGUUCAAACGAAUGUGACUAACUUUAUGGGUUGAAGUGAUAUGCAAAUGCAUUUGUAAUAAAUAUCAUGCAAUAUUUACCAUUUUGAUUUAUUUACCACCUGUGAUUGUUGGAACUGUGAGUUAAUAGUCUUUCUAGUAUUACUAGCUAUAUCUCAGUUGUAGAAUUAUAUACAUACAUAGUCAAAAUAUAGAAUGGAUUAUACUUUUUAUUUGCAAUAUCUUUAUGAUGGGAUUAACUGAGAAAUGUGAAUGUUUUCCAUUACCAUUUGAAGUGCGUAGAAUAUGUUUGUAAUUGUUAUGAUGGACAUGAAAUGUCAAGAUCAUGUUUGAAAAAUUGGUCAUUCUUGACCUCUUGCAUUACAUGUAAUCAAGGUUACCAUGGUAGUUGCCAUAAUGGCAUAGUUACAACAGUUGCAAGUCCUUUAUGAACAGGCCCCAGCUCUUGGAAAGGGUAAUAUGAAAUAUAGAGAAUGUGAAGAAUAUCUUACCAAAAGGCACCUCUGAAAUGAUUGCUCUCAGAAUGACUCCAUAUUGGAGAUAUGACAAGGAAUAUCUGAAAAGUUUGGGUGUAACAUAAUCAUGCCAGACAAGUGCAGUCCCAUUAUACCUGUUUCUGUGUGCAGUUCAACUGCCUUUUGACCACCUAGAUUGUAAAUUGAGGAUAAUUGCUAAAUCUUACUAGACAUGUUUAUGUUAUGAUAAAAUAUUAUAACUUUGUCUUUAAUUGGUUGUUGUCAGUAUAUAUAUAUAUACAUUCCAAAAGAAAAUGCAGUAGUUACUUGUGUUAAUUAUUGAUUCAUGGAAAAUAUAAAAAGCAGCAAUGAAAUUGCAUUACAGAUUGUAUAUAAGGAAGAUGUGCCAUUUAUUUAAUAUGCGCAAAGAUAAUUGCACAAAAUCAUGUACUGUCGACAGGAAUAGAACAAAAUUUAUUGAUGAUUGGUACACAAAAGGGAAUGUUUGGAAUAUACUCAUAGAUAAUAGGGGUAUAUGGUGACAUUUGUAAUGAUGAUAAAUCACUAUUGAUGUGAAGAAACUAAGUUUUUCUCAUGUCCCGAUAUCAACCUUUUCUGUAUGUGAAAAACUUUGUUUCAGAAGGAACUAAUCCACUUUUUAAGAUAUUUACUUAUUGAUAUUAGGCUGUUGUUCAGGUAUAUUCAUGUCACAUGAAAUCUUUGGGUUGGUUAAUAUUUUUAUAUUGUCAUAGAUAUUUAUUUGUUAUAAUAUGGUUAAAAACUGUGUUUUUCUCUAAAUUAGAAUAGAUGGAUAUAGUACCUUUUGGAACUGCAGUACUCAUUUGCAUUUUCACAAUUCACAAUGCGCCAGCCCAAUAAUUUUGUUUCGUAAAAUAUAUUGUGGCCUUUU